CUGGAAGAUUUCAGUGAGCUUUCGGUCGACGGCGACGAAUCUUUUGAGGAUCUUCUUGCUUGCAGCCCUAUCAGCAAGGAGUCGGUAGAUGUCCGACGACAGCCUGCCGUUACUGAACCACCCAUCACUACAACGCUUCGCCCGCGAAUCAUACCUUUCUCAAAAACCACCAGGCCACCGACAACGACGAGACGGGUGACUGCACCCGGCCCGAAAAUUCGUCCCAUUUAUCGACGAAAGGACGUAGAAGCAGAGCUGAAGGCGGAUGUCACACGUGAUGUCUUUCCGGCACCGCAGCCGUCGGUUCCACAGCCCCCGGUUCCACAGCCACCAGUUCCACAACCACCAGUCCAACAGCCACCUGUUCAGGUGUCUUCGACGUCAUCCCGGCCACCACCACCAUUCAGAGAGAUUGUCGUAGUAGGUGGAAGACGCCCUCCAUCAAUUCAUACCGCUGUUUCGACGUCAUUCAUUGAAAUCAACACACCAUCCACACUGCCUCCCCAAACCGCUUUUCAUCCAAGGGCUACUACUUCUCGUCCGAUACCGACAACACCUUCGACAACCACGAGGGUCACAACCACCACCGUAUUUGAUCGAACACCUGCAGGCUGCGUAGCUGAUAUCGUGUUCCUUAUGGACUUCUCUGACGGCACUGGCGACAAAAGUAAACCGUCAGUGACAAUUUAUUACUACAAUUUCUUAUAG